GAAUCCAACAUGGCGGCCGCCAUGGAAUCAAGAACUUUGCGAUGUGCCAUGCAACGCUUGUACGCAAUGAAACUCACAAAUGGUAUUUCUUGCACGUGCUAUGCAAGAAGUCUUUCAAGUUCCACACGCGGUAGUCAUCGAAACAGACGAAUAAAUGAUUCGGAACAAGGUGACAGUGAAUUCAGAACAUUUGAAAUACCUGGCCUUAAACCUAUAAACAGGGAACGAGAAUUCUUCCGGAGGAGGAGGAGACCGGUAGCCCCACCGCGGUAUAUGCAGAUGAAGCAUGACCAGGACUGGACUAGUGUGUGGCCUUCAGCUGCCUCCUUCAAGUGGAGUGUUGUCCCUUUGCCUAUGAGACAGGGUUUUGCAGAGAAAGAGACAGAGAAUAAGGGCGUGUCCCCAGCAAAGUAUGGAAAUAUUGAGCUGAUGAAACCACCCAACUUCCUACAUCUCACGCCAGCUCACAUCAAGAAACACUGCCAGGCCAUCAAGAAAUUUUGUACAAAGUGGCCAGAGGGAUUGAAUACAAAUAAAGAAAUCAAUAAGCACUUCCCAAUAACAGUAACAACAUCUGACUACAGUUUCUCCAGCACAUCAAUCCGAGAUCCCCGGGCUCGCGCUGUCACUGUAGAACUGAAGCUGUCUCAUUUGAAGUUGGACAAACACGCACAGCAGAAGCUGUUGAGACUGGUCGGAAACAGGUUCAAUCCCAAGACCAAAAAACUGACCAUUACCACUGACAGGUGUCCAGUGAGGCAGCAGAACUACGACUACGCCAUGUACCUGGUGACAGCUAUUUACUUCGAGUCCUGGAAAAAGGAGCCAUGGGAAGAUGAGAUGACAGAGGCUGACCGUCUCUUCUAUACAUGGCAUCUUAGUCAGUCACGCCAGUCAGUCAUCGACCUGUUUAAGAAGUUCCAGGACAUCAAAGAGAGCAAGAAAGAUGACCCUUCAUUCAAGGAACUGUCCCACCUGCCCAGCAGUCUGAAGGAGGAAGACAUUGUUACCCUUGACCUUGUGAAGGAGUACAGCAGAUCAGUAUCAGAGAUCAUGAACAAGGGAGAGAACUCUGAAUCCCUUACUAAAUAUAAGAACUCUGUGAAGAAAAUACUGAACCUUCAGGCAGGGGCAUCCUGAUAUGUAACGAGUCAUUCAAUGUUAUCAGCAUAUUGUACAGAAGUGUGAGAUGAGUGACAGUACAGAUGGAUGUAGUCAUAAGAAGUUUUAUAGAAUUUCCAUGGAGGUUCCAAGACCUGUGCUCUGAACCAGAUGAAGAAAUUAUUGAGACUGCCAACCCCCUUUUGGUGCCAAGGAUUCAGGGGUGUAUUUAAAGGGUAUUCAUGACUCAGCAGUGUUAUAUGUGGGACACAAAUAAGAAUUAUUUAAAAAGAAAUUAAAAAUUCAUUUGUACAAAAAUUCGAUCACAGUGUUUUCUCAAUGGUUUUGGUAGUUGUGUACAGAGGUAUUCUGGAUUCCAGGGGUUUCAGAGGAAUAUACUAUUCAAUAUUCCAGGGAGGGGUUGGUGCCCUCAUUACUGUGAAUCAUGUGAAUCUGAGGAUGAUAAAGAUUUUACCAGCCUCAUCACUGUUCUGCCACAUUGUAAUUAUCAAGUGUCAUUCUGCAGUAAACUUGGUGAUCUUGUCA